AUGAGGCAGGGCCGGCCACCUGGCUCCCCGGGGGCCAGGGGCAGCACACAGCCUUGUUACGUCCUCGCCUCACCCAGGCAGGGCCGGCCAAAUGGCUCCCCGGGGCAGGGGCAGCACACAGCCUUGUUACGUCCUCGCCUCACCCAGGCAGGGCCGGCCAAAUGGCUCCCCGGGGCCAGGGGCAGCACACAGCCUUGUUACGUCCUCGCCCUGGCCUCGCCUCACCCAGGCAGGGCCGGCCACCUGGCUCCCCGGGCCAGGGGCAGCACACAGCCUUGUUACGUCCUCGCCCUGGCCUCGCCUCACCCAGGCAGGGCCGGCCACCUGGCUCCCCGGGGCCAGGGGCAGCACACAGCCUUGUUACGUCCUCGCCCUGGCCUCGCCUCACCCAGGCAGGGCCGGCCACCUGGCUCCCCGGGCCCAGGGGCAGCACACAGCCUUGUUACGUCCUCGCCCUGGCCUCGCCUUACCCAGGCAGGGCCGGCCACCUGGCUCCCCGGGCCCAGGGGCAGCACACAGCCUUGUUACGUCCUCGCCCUGGCCUCGCCUCACCCAGGCAGGGCCGGCCACCUGGCUCCCCGGGCCCAGGGGCAGCACACAGCCUUGUUAGGCCCUCGCCCUGGCCUCGCCUCACCCAGGCAGGGCCGGCCACCUGGCUCCCCGGGCCCAGGGGCAGCACACAGCCUUGUUAGGCCCUCGCCCUGGCCUCGCCUCACCCAGGCAGGGCCGGCCACCUGGCUCCCCGGGGCCAGGGGCAGCACACAGCCUUGUCAGGCCCUCGCCCUGGCCUCGCCUCACCCAGGCAGGGCCGGCCAAAUGGCUCCCCGGGGCCAGGGGCAGCACACAGCCUUGUUAGGCCCUCGCCCUGGCCUCGCCUCACCCAGGCAGGGCCGGCCACCUGGCUCCCCGGGGCCAGGGGCAGCACACAGCCUUGUUAGGCCCUCGCCCUGGCCUCGCCUCACCCAGGCAGGGCCGGCCAAAUGGCUCCCCGGGGCCAGGGGCAGCACACAGCCUUGUUAG